AUGCUGCUGGAAAGACUUCUUGAACCCCUUCUUUUCUUCAGCAACUUCUCGGAAACCCCAGGUAAGAACCAUGUGUGUUGGAUGUUCUACUCCAGCACAACUAGUCAGCAGGGUGAGGCGGCUAUCCUGAGAGUGGAGCUCUCGAGUAUAACGUUCUCCUCAGUAUAUGAUUCGGUGCGUAUUGUUUCUCAUUCAGCAUGUCCACCAGGAUGUUGCGAUGAAAUCUGUGGUAAAACUCUAACUUCCAAACAAACUAACCUCGCUCGCAAAAUGGUGUUUAGAGCUCGACGUCUUAGAGAGUUGAGCUCCCUAUACUCCAUUCGCCUAGCCGAACUAGUCUAUGUGACCGCCGGCACCGAUCCUAUCUUCCCCGCCACACAUGCGCCGAUAGUAUUCAAAUCCGCCACCCCAAAUCUAAAACCAUUUGACACACGCGAUACCAAAACCUCCUGCAAUUAG